AACCUUUUUUCUUGGAUGAAUCCUAUCAUGAAUCUAGGAUAUCAAAGUCCCCUUACAGAGAAAGAUAUAUGGAAGUUAGAUACAUGGGAUCGGACUGAGACACUGAAUGAAAAGUUCCAGAGAUGUUGGGUAGAAGAAUCUCGGAGGUCGAAACCUUGGCUUUUAAGAGUAUUGAAUGCAAGCCUUGGUGGGAGGUUUUGGUGGGGAGGAUUUUGGAAGAUUGGAAAUGAUCUCUCCCAGUUUUUGGGCCCACUAAUAUUGAAUCAGCUGCUAGAGUCUAUGCAAAAUGGUGAUCCAGCCUGGAUUGGAUACGUUUUUGCCUUCUCAAUAUUUGUUGAAGUGGUAUGA